AUGGCGGACAACGAUGCCCAGCAUGAUCAUACUUUCGAUGCCGUCGCGGACGCUGGCGCAUCUGCCACUUUCCCAAUGCAGUGCUCUGCCUUGAGAAAGAACGGUUUCGUCGUGAUCAAGAACCGCCCUUGCAAGAUCGUCGACAUGUCUACCUCCAAGACUGGCAAGCAUGGUCACGCCAAGGUCCAUCUCGUCGCCAUCGACAUCUUCACUGGCAAGAAGCUCGAAGAACUUUGCCCGUCCACCCACAACAUGGAUGUCCCUAACGUCACCCGCAAGGAAUACCAGUUGCUCGACGUCUCUGACGAUGGUUUCCUCUCCCUGAUGGCCGAUGAUGGCGAGACCAAGGAUGAUGUCAAGGUUCCCGAUGGAGAAGUUGGCGAGAAGAUUGAGAAGCUUUUCACUACCGAGGAGAAGGACACCAACGUUAUCGUUCUUACUGCCAUGGGUGAACAAGCUGCCAUUGAAGCCAAGGAAGCUCCUCGCGGUUAA